AUGCUUGGACCGAGGUCAACAACCUCGGUGUUUCGUACUCUUACGCAUUUAGUCAACGUCGCUACCGACGAGAUCUCUUCACCACAACCGAGACUGUCAGUGCUUUUCUUCUGGCUAUCUCCUCCUGAACAACUCCUCCAGAUUAUAUCAGACCAAUUACUACACCAAAUACCACCCCAAAGACCUCACCCAAGAUGGCCACCCCCGAAGAAGCCGUCACGCUCACCACCCGCCGGCCGCGUCGCCAUCAUCACCCUCAACAACCCCAAGAAACUCAACGCCAUGAACCAGCCCAACUACUACCGCCUCUCCUGCCUGCUUCAGGACGUAGCCGUCAUGCCCGACAUCACUGUCACCGUCCUCACCGGCACAGGCCGCUUCUUCUCCGCCGGUGCCGAUGUGACCACCACUCGCCCCGGCGUCGAUGCCACCUCUCCCCACCAGCAACGCGACCAGCUCCUCCGUGGCUUCGUCAUCAACAACCUCGACUGCACGCGGAGUUUCUACACUCACCCGAAGAUCCUCGUCUGUGCCCUCAAUGGACCCACCGUUGGCCUGAGCGCUGCGCUGCUUGGGUUCUGCGACUUCAUCUAUGCCACCCCACACGCAUGGUUCCUGACGCCAUUCUCCUCGCUGGGUCUGGUAGCCGAAGGCGGCGCCUCCGCCGGGCUGGUGCAGCGCAUGGGCAUCGCGAAAGCCAACGAGGCGUUGCUGACUUCCCGCAAGAUCAGCUGCGAGGAGCUCGUGGCGUGUGGGUUCGUCAACAAGGUGUUCAGUGGGAAGGACGAGAAGGACUCGGCGGGCUUCUUGGAGAAGGUGCUGGAGGAGGUGGAGGAUAGGUUUGGCAGUCACUUGAAUCAGGAGAGUUUGUUGAAGAUCAAGGAGUUGAUUCGCAGGCCGUUCUUGGAGGGACUGGAGAGUCAGGGUGUGAGGGAGGUGAUGGCGGGGAUGGAAAGGUUCAAGAGCGGUGCGCCGCAGGAGGAGUUUAGGAAGAUUGCGAGUGGGGAGAAGAAGCACAAGCUGUGA